AUGAAUACGAUAAUUACAGUAACAACUAAUACAUUCCCAUUGCUGUUACUAUCACUAUUACCUACUACGGCAUUCUCCUUUGGAUCUAAUGCCGAUAAAAGUCAUUGCAAUCGUUUAAAACUUGAACAAUGUUUCGAAACUGCUUUUCAGACAAUGCGUAUUAGACGAAAUGUUGACAACGAUCAAAGUGAAUCAUCAUCGGAAAUGUUGACGUUAAGGACACGUCAUCGAUGUUCGUUACGAAGCGUAACACACGUUAUGAUGCCAAAAAAUCAACAUCUCUGUGCAGCAAAUCGACAUUAUUUAUCAUGCUUUAAUAAUGAUGGAUGCCAAGAUGAUUAUAUGGCACAUGUAAAUCAAUAA